CUGAUCAUUAGCUUCACACACACACACACACACACACACACACACACGCACACAUAAAACCCUGGAGUUCCUCCAAAGGCCUCACACCGCCUGCAUCAGACACAUUGGCUACAGUUGUUGAGAGGUGAUAUCUGACGAAGGAUGCUGGUUUUAAGCUGGAUCAGCAUCACCCUGCUGCUGCUUCACCUGUCUGGCUCAGCCAUCACAUCCCCUCUUUCCAUGCACACGCCCGCCCCUCCUCUGCCCUCACACAUUCGGCCUCCCCUGCCCACCAUCCUCCCUUCUGGACCGUCUCUCUCUCUCAGCAUCCCUCCCGUCAGGGAUGAUUCUGCUGGAGGAGCCCGCUGUCCUCUCACCAUGUCUCCCCCCGCCCUGGUGGUCAGGUUUGGAGAUCCGGUCAGCGCGAACUGCUCAUUGUCUAGGACAGGCUUCUCUCUGCUGGGAUGGGAAGUGUCACUGGUGGCUCCCGAGCCCACCAUGGAGCACUUUCUGGUUUGGAGUGUGGACAACAUGACCGAGUGGAGCGUCUCACCCGUGUGUUAUGCCGUGUCCAACCUGGAAGGAUCCUGUCACCUUCGCCUGCCUGUCGUCGUUUACAAGCUUCCAGACAGCGUGUCCAUCGGCUUCGUCAAUCACUCGGGCCCGCUGUUGGAGCAGCGCCAGUACACCCUGCAGUGCACGGUCCAUGACGUGGCCCCCGCCCGGAACCUGGUCGUGACCUUCUACAGAGGCCGGACAAAACUGGGGCGACUACAUUCCGACGUGACGGAGGAGACGCCCGUGACCGAGGUCUUCAGGCUGGAUGUCCGCCCGGGGAGAGAAGACCAGGAGGCGCCCUACUGGUGUGAGGCCGAGGUACAACUGCAGCCAGAAGGCUCGCCGCAGAGACCUCUGGUGGUCACCUCGCAAAAACUCCCCGUCGACGUCCUCUUCGGCCCGCAGCUCCUCUGUCCUGCCAAGCUGCGGGUGAGGAUGGGAGAAAGCCUCCGCUGCGAGGUCAAAGGAAACCCCCAACCGUCGGUCAUCUGGCUGAAAGAUGGCCGCCGGGUGGUGCCACCCCUCCACUCCACGCGGGAGCACGCCGGGAAGUACACGGUCUUGGCCAGCGGGCCCGUGGGGCAGAGGAACGUGACGGUAGACGUGGAGGUGAUCCCAGGCAGAGGCACGGCACGGAGCAGCAAAAAGCACUUCCUGUUGGCGGCCAUGCUGCUGACCCUCAACUGGCUGUAAAAACCUUCCCAAGGAUCAAGUCUCAAGUCUCACUGCUGUUAGGACAUUAGGUGUCAUUAAUGAGGGCUUUCUCCUGAGAGCUGCCGUGCAGGUACUUUUACAAACCCCCCCAACAGAAAGGGGGAUUCAUUUGGCCACAUUCGUCACAGUUUACCCGACACGUGAAAUGUGACAAAUUUGGGGCGUGCACUCUCCACUUUAGCCUGCAGUUGAGUGUUGAUUAUCUCAAAAUGUGUUUCGUGGCAAUUACAUCUUUGACCACAGCCUCAGUUGCUGUGUCGAGUGGCACUUUCCAUAAUUUCCAGCAGACUGCAUUACAACAUGAUAAAACACCCCUGUUUCUUUCACAGGAAGUGGGCCAUAUGAAUCCUUUCCUUACUGUCCACUAGUCCAGAACUAAUAGGCAUACUUGCCAACCCUUCCGAUUUUCCUGGGAGGCUCCCGAAUUCCAGUACCCCUCCCGAAAAUCCCCCAUUCUCCCGAUUUCCACCCGGACAACAAUAUUGGGGGGGGCACUGCCUUUAGCGUCCUCUCUCACCUGAAAAGGAGACUAUUAUAUGUUGCGACUCGGAAUAAAGAGAGGACCCAGAUGCAGACAGGAAGUUAAAAAAAUAAAGCUUUUAUUUUGAAAUGACUUUCUACCUCCAGAGCAAAAAGUAUUUCGCAAGAAUAAUCCAAAUACGCGGAAAAUAAUUCAGAGAAAAAUGUAAAUCAAAAGCGCUCCAACAAAUAGGAGGAAUAUCUAAUCUAAGAAAAAACUAACAAAAGUAGAAUAAAUGUAAGAAACAACCAAGGCGGCAUAGCUCGGUUGGUAGAGUGGCCGUGCCAACAACUUGAGGGUUGCAGGUUCGAUUCCCGCUUGUGCCAUCCUAGUCACUGCCGUUGUGUCCUUGGGCAAGACACUUUACCCACCUGCUCCCAGUGCCACCCACACUGCUUUAAAUGUAACUUAGAUAUUGGGUGUCAGUAUGUAAAGCGCUUUGAGUCACUUGAGAAAAGCGCUAUAUAAAUAUAAUUCACUUCACUUCACAAAAGCUCGAACAGGAGAAAAAACCCAAAAGGAGCUUUAUAUAUAUAUAUAUAUACACUAAAUAGGAAUAAACAAAAAUCACUCAAUGAGGCAAAUAACAGGAAAUUUGGAAAACACAAAAACUCACCAAUUAGGGUGACGAAGAAUAACGAAGGAGGAAAAAGGCAAACUCAAAAUAACAGCAAUAAGACUCUUUGAUCCAAAAAAGAAACCCAGGAAAAAAGGGCAAGACAAGGAGAUAAUCAUGGACAUGGGCAGAGUCACUAGAAAGGCACGUAAUACGAGACUAUCUGCCACAGGACAAGAGUAGGCGUGAGCUUAAAUAGGAUAUGGGGAUAAUGGGAAACAGGUGGAAACAAUCAACUGGUGACACAAGAGGAAGGGCCCGUGAUCUGAAACAGGAGGAUAGCUUUUCAAAAUAAAACACAAGACAGAAAAACCAAGACAAGACUUGCCUCACCGAGGUGUGACAUUAUAUAAGUCUCCAUUAUCCGUAGGUUUAUCUAUAACCCACAAAGUAGGCAGGCACGGAGCUAUUUUUCAGCGUGUGUUUAUUCCAGCCGGCACGUUAAUACAUUGACACACAACAUCCCGAUUCCCAUCAUGCACUGGUUCACAACUACGGCAAGUAGUAAUGUCCAAAAACAUAAGAGACAAAGCAGAAGAACGAAGAAGAGACAUGGCAACGACGAGUCAAUCAAUCCAUCAAUCAAUGUUUAUUUAUAAUGCCCCAAAUCACAAAUGUCUCAAAGGACUGCACAAAUCAUUACGACUACAACAUCCUCGGAAGAACCCACAAAAGGGCAAGGAAAACUCACACCCAGUGGGCAGGGAGAAUUCACAUCCAGUGGGACGCCAGUGACAAUGCUGACUAUGAGAAACCUUGGAGAGGACCUCAGAUGUGGGCAACCCCCCCUCUAGGGGACCGAAAGCAAUGGAUGUCGAGCGGGUCUAACAUGAUACUGUGAAAGUUCAAUCCAUAGUGGCUCCAACACAGCCGCGAGAGUUCAGUUCAAAGCGGAUCCAAGACAGCAGCGAGAGUCCCGUCCACAGAAAACCAUCUCAAGCGGAGGCGGAUCAGCAGCGUAGAGAUGUCCCCAACCGAUACAGGCGAGCGGUCCAUCCUGGGUCCCGACGAGCGGUCCAUCCUGGGUCUCGACUCUGGACAGCCAGUACUUCAUCCAUGGUCAUCGGACCGGACCCCCUCCACAAGGGAGGGGGGGACAUAGGAGAAAGAAAAGAAGCGGCAGAUCAACUGGUCUAAAAAGGAGGUCUAUUUAAAGGCUAGAGUAUACAAAUGAGUUUUAAGGUGAGACUUAAAUGCUUCUACUGAGGUAGCAUCUGGAACUGUUACCGGGCGGGCAUUCCUGAGUACUGGAGCCCGAACGGAAAACGCGCUAUAGCCCGCAGACUUUUUUUGGGUAAGAAAAAGAAGUACGCUUGCAAGUUCCAAUGAUUGGGAAAAAAUAAUUUCAGUUCAUCCAGGACAGCUUGAAGGGGGAGAGGUAUGCGUCCUACAAAUGUUGUAGAUCAGACUUCUCCAUUGAACACGGCGGCCGAACGGAUAUACUCAUUCAUGAAGGGAUUAUUUAUAUAUAAGCAAUACUUGAAACUAUAUAGACCCCCGCUUCCCCCUGAAUUCGGAGGUCUCAAGGUUGGCAAGUAUGCUAAUAGGUCAGGAUUUGUUCAUUAAGGGGUUUGCACUCAAACUGGAAUAAAGACUUUUGCCUGUUCUUGGUAAAGCUGGGUACUGACAUGACCUCUGAACCCAGCAACCUGAACUAUCUCACAACUGAUAGUCACACUCAAUAAAGUCCGUCCUUUGACCUCA